CACCUUGAUCAACUUCCGACUGGCUUUUCAACAACCUCAACUUCCCCCCCAAACGACUUCUUCCUACCAGCGCAAGCUGUGCAAGAUACUUUCUGAGAGAGGAUCCGUUUAUCGCAGCAGGGAAAAGGCCCCAUCUUCAAAGAUCAAGCCGCGAGGAUGGCACCGACCAUUGAAGAGCUUGACGCGACUGUCCGCGCCUUUUACGAAAGCCGAGGAGAUUCGCAAAAAGCUGCUCAAGCUGCGCUGAACCAGUUCAAGGAGGAUCCGGAUGCUUGGCUAUUAGUUGAUAAGAUUCUGCAGGAUGCUACGUACCCACAGACGAAGUACCUGGGAUUGCAAGUACUGGACCAUGUUAUCAUGACCAGAUGGAAGGUUCUCCCAAAGGAGCAAUGCCAGGGUAUCCGCAAUUUCGUGGUGAACUUCAUUAUCCAGUGCUCAGCCUCCGAAGAAUCUCUCAAGACCCAACGAACACUCCUGAACAAGUUGAACCUUGUCCUUGUAUCUAUCCUCAAGCAAGAAUGGCCUCACAACUGGCCCACUUUCAUCAACGAGAUUAUCUCCUCCUGCCAUACGAGUUUGUCGAUAUGCGAAAAUAACAUGGCUAUUCUGCGGCUGCUCUCUGAGGAAGUGUUCGAUUACUCUGCCGACCAGAUGACGUCCACGAAGACUAAGAAUUUGAAGACCGUUAUGUGUGCCGAGUUCUCAUCUAUCUUCCAGCUGUGCAACGAAGUUCUGAACAGUGCUACCCAAGCAAGCCUAAUCAAGGCCACUCUGGAGACUCUUCUCCGAUUCUUCAACUGGAUUCCUCUUGGCUAUAUCUUCGAAACCCCUAUCAUCGACACAUUACGAACUCGCUUUUUGGAAAUGCCCGAGUUCCGAAAUGUUACCUUGAAGUGCUUAACGGAGAUUGGUGGUCUGCAGACUGGACAGAACAACGCAUACGAUGAGAAGCUUGUGCAAAUGUUCACAGAGGUUUUGACUGCUAUAUCCAAGAUUAUACCUCUCUCCCUUGACCUCAAGUCGACCUACAAUUCAAGCAACUCGAAGGAUCAAGAGUUCAUCCAGAAUCUUGCUCUCUUUCUCACUAAUUUCUUCGGGGUUCAUCUCAACCUCAUCGAAAAUCUACCGAACCGAGACUUCCUCACCCACGGCCACUUCUAUCUUAUCCGAAUCUCACAAAUCGAAGACCGGGAGAUAUUUAAGAUUUGCUUGGAAUAUUGGACCAAGCUUGUACAGGAGCUAUAUGAUGAGAUGCAGUCGCUACCAAUCACCGAUGUAAACCCUCUUGUCAACAUGGGUGUUGCUGGACUUUCCAAUCCUGGCGCACCAAACCCAACGAUGCUGGCCAACUACCCACUUCGCAAGCACAAGUACAACGAAGUCCUCUCCAACCUACGAGUGGUAAUGAUUGAGAAGAUGGUCCGUCCAGAAGAGGUUUUGAUUGUCGAAAACGAUGAGGGUGAGAUUGUGAGAGAAUUCGUGAAGGAGAGUGACACUAUUCAACUUUACAAGACCACCCGAGAAUGUCUUGUCUACUUGACCCAUCUGGAUGUGGUAGAUACCGAGAACAUCAUGACUGACAAGCUUGCUCGUCAAGUGGAUGGUUCUGAAUGGUCCUGGGCUAAUUGCAACACACUUUGCUGGGCCAUUGGAUCCAUCUCUCUUGCGAUGAACGAGGAGACUGAGAAGCGCUUCUUGGUGACAGUCAUCAAGGAUUUGCUUGGUCUUACCGAGAUGAAGCGUGGAAAGGACAACAAGGCUGUGGUUGCCAGUAACAUCAUGUACAUUGUUGGCCAAUACCCGCGAUUCUUGAAGGCUCACUGGAAAUUCUUGAAGACUGUCGUAAACAAGCUCUUUGAGUUCAUGCACGAAUCUCACGAGGGUGUUCAAGACAUGGCUUGCGACACGUUCAUCAAGAUCGCUAGGCAAUGCAAGAGACACUUCGUCGCCCUGCAACCUGGAGAGAAUGAGCCGUUCAUCGAAGAGAUCGUCAGAACUAUGCGCAAGAUCACCUGUGAUCUAUCUCCACAGCAAGUUCAUACUUUCUACGAGGCCUGUGGCUACAUGAUUGCCGCCCAGCCACAGAAGAACGCUCAAGAGAGACUUAUCGCUGAGUUGAUGUCAUACCCAAAUGCAGCCUGGGAUUCCAUCAUUGCUCAAGCUACAACAAAUCCUACAAUUUUGCAGGAUGCAGACACCAUCAAGGUUAUCGGUAAUGUGAUGAAGACUAAUGUUUCAGCAUGUUCGUCCAUUGGUAGUUAUUUCUAUCCACAGAUUGGUCGUAUCUACCUUGAUAUGUUGUCCAUGUAUCGUGCUACUAGUCAGAUGAUUUCCGAGGCUGUGGCUCGCGACGGUGAAAUUGCGACCAAGAUGCCAAGAGUCCGAGGUUUACGCACGAUUAAGAAAGAGAUCUUAAAGCUUAUCGAGACUUACGUUGAUAAGGCUGAUGAUCUCGAGAUGGUCCGAACCAACAUUGUUCCAGCCCUUCUCGAUGCUGUGCUUGUUGAUUAUAAUCGCAACGUCCCUAAUGCUCGAGACGCUGAGGUCCUGAAGGUCAUGUCGGCCAUUAUUACCAAGCUUUCUUCUCUUAUGGAAGACCAAGUGCCAAUCAUUAUGGAGAAUGUAUUCGAGUGCACCCUCGAGAUGAUCAACAAGGACUUCUCUGAGUUCCCCGAACACCGAGUCGAGUUUUUCAGCCUUCUCCGUGCUAUCAACCUCCACUGUUUUCCUGCUCUCCUCAAGCUUGACAACAGACAAUUCAAGUUUGUGAUUGACUCUUGCAUGUGGGCAAGCAAGCACGACAAUCGUGAAGUUGAGUUUGCUGGACUGAACAUGUGUCUCGAAUUGAUCACAAACAUCGCCGAGACAGAUGCUGCUACCUCCAACGCGUUCUUCCAGCAAUUCUUCGUCCCAAUUUUGCAAGACGUGUUCUUCGUGCUCACAGACACUGAUCACAAAGCUGGGUUCAAGUCGCAGUCGAUGCUCCUGUCCAGGAUGUUCUAUUUUGUGUCUCCAGCCGAUGGUACAGCACCGAAGAUCCAAGGGCCCAUCUACCAAUCCGACCAAGCUCCUUCAGGAACAAGCAACAAGGAGUUCCUGGGUGGCUUUGUCGCAAAUCUCCUACAGAGUGCCUUCCCGAACUUGCAACCGGCUCAAAUCAAGGCAUUUGUUGAAGGAUUAUUCUCUUUAAACAGCACCUAUGAUCGCUUCAAGCUCAACCUGCGUGACUUCUUGAUUCAGCUCAAGGAAUUCGCAGGUGACAAUGCUGAGCUGUUUGCUGAUGAGAAGGAGCAGCAGGAUCGGGAUGCGAAGGCAGCCGAGAGAGAACGACUCUCAAAGGUCGGUGGUUUACUGAAGCCAGCCGAGCUUGCUGAGGACGAUGAUGAGUUGUGACUGGAUGAAGAGCUAAGAUCAGACUACCCUAAGGUCAAGGAAGAAGACGCUACCUCCAUGACAUACCUUCGACGACCUGCGAUCUCGAAUGAUCUAAGUGGGUGGGACAUUUACGACCUUUGACACUUCAACUCUCAUCGCGCA